UUCUGUCCCCCUCUUUAAGCUCAUGUAUGAAGAGUGUGAUAUGGCCCACAGGACCAAAAUGAAUGUAUGUGCUAAAAACACAUAUGCCACAGUAAAUGGAAGUGUAAGGUUUGGAUUUUGUGCCAGAAUUUCCAUUUGGUGUUAUUUAAAACUGCAGAUCAAGGCUAGACUAUGUGACCUGCCCUAGAUGAGUAUACAGUCAAACUGUACAAUGUUGUUCCAUUACAUCCUGGUUCUUGUGGAGCUGCUCAUUUAGCAGGCAUCUGAAGCCUGUGAAAAGACCGACAGUGUUAAACUGGGCCAUCUCACACAGUCUCACCCCAGGCACCCAAUUCCAGAGCUUGGACUGGCAGUCUUGUCUUCUUACAAUGCCAGUGGAGACAUUUUGGUGGACACACAUGCCUUGAAUCACCUUAUGAAGACUUCAGUGACUGAGAACAACAUUUGGACCUUCUACAUAAGGCAGCUUGAGACACCGCCAGCAGUCACUGCAUCUUUUUUCUACCAAGCAAACUUCUGAGUUUCCUUCUUAUUUGUAAUCUCUGGGAACAAAAUCUCACUUUAAGCAACUUACAGUUAAAGCAAAGGAUGGGAGCUGCAUGGUUCAGCACAGUCCCUUCAAGAAUAAAAGCAGCCAACCCAAACAUUGCCCAAGAGUCUCUGAUGUGGACGGCAGCAUCUGGUGUCCACUGAGGAGAGGAGGUGGCCUUGGAAGGGGUGGAGGCAGAAGAGAACAGCAGUGACCAUCCACAGCAUUGUGGUCCCUUUAAAUCUUCUCCACUUAGCAGCUCCAAUUUUUCUGUGUUGCUAUAGCAAAUCUCCAUGGCAAUGACCCUAAUCGGGGAAGGGGGGAUGCAGGGGGACGCAUGCUCAGAGUGAAUGCUGGAGUCUCGCCUGCUUGUUUCAGCCGCUCCACGGGUGAAGAGAAAGCUCAGGCUGGGAAGAGAGCUUGAAUUACUGACGCGAGCGAUGGCGCUGCCGUCUGCCUGGAGUGCGAUGCGCGUGGUGAUCCCGCUCAUCUCGGUGCUGGGCCUGCUAAGCGUGAGGCUUGUGGGGGCCAGCCAGGACUCGGGGAGUGUCAUUCCUGCCGAAAGCCGUCCCUGCGUUGACUGCCAUGCGUUUGAGUUCAUGCAGAGGGCGUUGCAGGAUUUAAAGAAGAUGGCGUAUAACCUAGACACACGGACAGAAACACUCCUCCUGAAAGCAGAGAAGAGAGGCCUGUGUGACUGCUUUCCUGCAAUGCACUGAAAUGAGUGCUGGGAUUAGGCCAAUGGACAUGUAUUAUGUAUUCAUUUUUAAAACACUGCUGAAUAAAUUACAGGAAGAUAUGGAGUGCUGCACAGCAAGAAAACAAUUUUUAUCCAAACAGGUACAGCCCAGCUAGGUAAUUUUUCCUUUGAUGUGCUUUAUCAGUACUGUAUGUGAUAUUGCAUCUGCUGAAAUGUCAAAAGAAGAAGCAGUGUUAGUGGCUCAUUCCUGGGAUUUGUGUAGGGACAGCAUCUCUCUUUCCUGCUAUCUCAAGCCAAAAAUUGUCCUUAGGCUCUCAGGCCAACCCCUCAGCUUAUGUAAAUUGCCACAGAUCUGUCAAAGUGUAAGUGGAGUCAAAUUCUUUUAAAUAUUUAUGUUACAAGUGUGUCCCUAAAAAGAAAAUGAAGCUGCUUUGCAGUGAUGCUUCACUGUAAAUUUGCAAACAAGCAGUCGUGAUUUUGUAUAGAAAUUAGUAGUUGUCACUGCCUGCCUGGCAGCACACAGAAAGUAUUUGUUCCCAAUUGUAUCAAUAAUCCAGUGCACAGCAAACAGUAAUCUGUACCCAGCGUUUGUUUCUUCAGAGCCACACAGUAGCUGUGAUCUUUUUGGAGGGAUUUAUUAAGUAUCUAAUGCGAUCGCUAACGUUUAUAAUCACAUGAAUGCUGCCUGGCAAUAGAACUGAUUGUGUCUGCCAAAAUCUUCUGGAGAAGUGUCUUUCAUUAAGCAAAUCACAGCCUGGGCUGAGCCACGCUCACUGGCCGCUCCAGCAGGUUUGGCAGAACGCCGGCACAACGCCCGCGCAGCCAGGAGCCUCCUGCAAAUUCUGUGUUUCAAAUAUUUGGGUUCCAGCAAAAUGGUCCACAGCUCUUGCAUGGACUCACGCGGGGAGGAAUUUCGCUCCACAGUGAUGGGUUACAGCACUGAUGCUAUUAAUAUUCCCUCUGCAGUCAGUGGGAAAUGGGAGGACACAAUGGUUCAGGCAGUGUAGCAGUAGGAGACAAGAUUGCACCUUGUUACACUUUGAAAAACAGUGGCACGUCCUUUCCCCUUGUUUUCCUUUUUUUUUUUCUUCCUUUUUUUGGGGUG